UUCCAAUGAGAUGGGCCUGAUCAAAUCAUAUUCUGACAAAAUCCGAGCCGGUGGUGUGCCAACAGUGUGGGUGUUCAUACAUGACGGUACAGGUACAGCUCUCUGUCGCUCGCACUAUUAAAGGUCCCUGCCACCUCCACAGGUCAGUCCAGUCUGCUGCGACCAUGCCUCCGACCUCCAUCCGCCCAUUCUCUGGCUACGUAGAGACCACGGCCGACGCGCUACGUCUCAUACAGGCCGCACGGUGUGGGCUCAUUCCCCGCAUUACCCGCCGUCUCAACGAAUUAGAACGUCGCUCCAUGAUCAAGAGCGGCGCCAUCUUCGUCUUCAGCGUUGACGAGAGCGGUAUCAAACGCUGGACAGAUGGAUACACUUGGACCCCCAGCCGCAUAUCAGGCAAUUUCUUGGUGUACCGUGAAGUCACCGAACGUCCCAGCAGAGGUACAUAUCAGGCUUCCUACCCACCGGAAAUGGCCCAGCGACUGGACAGCUCUGUGGCGCUCAAAACACAGGGUUUAAUCAAAAAGACCAUCACUGUCAAAAUCGCAGGCUCUGACCAUCACCUCAUAUGCUACUAUACCCAGGAGGACGUCCGAUCGGGGCGACUGCAGCGGCCAACCGUCGUACCAGAACUCAUGGCUCUAGAAAUACCCCACGAGCUCAUACAGUCUACAAAUUUUCGAUACCCUCCGAAGCUCGAGGCUGGGCCCGAUGGCCGGCUUACGAAAAUGUGCGUAAUGUUCACUCUCUC